GGCAUUUGUCAAAACUGACUGAUACACUUAAGAGCUGAAGUGGAUGAAGUGAAUGUAGAAGAGAAGAGGACCAAAGACUGGACCUUGGGGCCUCCAACAUUAAGAUGUCAGGGAGAAGGAAAGGGAACAGCCAAAGAGUCGAGAAGAAGUAGAGGCCAGUGAGGUAGGAGGAAAACCAAGAACAAGGUGUUCUGGAAGCCAGGUGAAGAAGAGAGAAGUGAUCAGUUUUUUCAAGUUCUGUUGAGAAGUCGAAUAAGAUGAGGACUAACAAAUGACCUUUAGGGUUUAGAAAAUGAAGGAGGAAUUGAGAAUAUAGACAACCUUUUGAGGAGUUUCAUUUUGAGGAGCAAGGAAAAGAGGUUACAUACGCCAUGGCUAUGACUAGUGUCAGAUUGCUCACCACUGUUUUAAGAAAGCCAGAUUCCUGGAUUGGACUCUGGGGUGUGCUUCGAGGGACACCUUCACACAAACUCUGUGCUUCCUGGAAUCGAUACUUUUGUUUUUCCAGUACCAAGUUAAAUGCAUCACACUAUAAAACUCUUUUUCAUAAUAUUUUCAUGCUGAGACUUCCUAGGCUUUUAAUAUCUCCAAAAUAUAUUUUUCCAUUUUCCAUUAGACUCAAAAGUAAUAUAAGCUCUAAAAAUUACACUAAAAAGAUUCUGCAAAAAGUAGAAGACGAAGAGGAUUCUGAUGAAGAGGAUGAUCAUAACGAGAUAAGUGAGCAAGAAGAGGAGCCUGAGGAUGACCCCAAUGUGGUCAAAGACUAUAAAGAUCUGGAAAAAGUAGUGCAGUCUUUUCGGUACGAUGUUAUCCUGAAGACAGGCCUAGAUAUUGGGAGAAACAAAGUGGAAGAUGCAUUCUACAAAGGUGAACUCAGGCUGAAUGGGGAAAAAUUAUGGAAGAAAAGCAGAACGGUGAAAGUGGGAGAUAUAUUGGAUCUUCUCAUCGGAGAGGAUAAAGAAGCAGAAACAGAAACAGUGAUGCGGAUUCUCCUGAAAAAAGUGUUUGAAGAGAAGACUGAAAGCGAAAAAUACAGAGUGGUGUUACGUCGGUGGAAGAAGUUAAAGUUGCCUAAGAAGAGUAUGUCUAAAUAAAUGGAUUUCUUUUUAAUGAUAAAGCUGCUUUCUAGUGGUGAGGGAAGGGGCCAACUUAAAAGGAACUUUUUGUUAAAAUAAAGUUAUCUUACCAUUUGUGGAA